CCCUUUAGUUUGUAAGACCGUCCAAGGAGUUCCGUAGCCUACAUGACAGCACUGACAUAACAUUGAAGAUCAGGAUUUCAGCUAGACAUACUUGUGACUGAGCUUGGGGUUGUACGUUAAAACCUCUGUUUCCAAGUGGAAUCGACCGAGAGCCUUUCUACUCGCCGAUAUGUCUGAUGCUAUUAAAAAUGUGGCAAUAUUCGGCAGCACGGGGAUGACGGGGUUAGCGACCUUACCUAUCGCAGUGACCGCAGGUUACAAUGUGACUGUGCUGGUGAGAGACGCUGCAAGGCUUCCUUCAGACCACAAGGCUUCCAGAGUGGUAGUGGGAGAUGUUCUGAACAAAGAAGAUGUGAAGAAGACCCUGGAGGGUCAGGAUGCAGUCAUCAUCAUUCUGGGGACAAGAAAUGAUCUCAGUCCCACAACAAUGAUGUCUGAGGGAACACGGAACAUUCUGGAGGUCAUGAAAGCUCGUGGAAUCCGCAAAGUUGUUGCAUGCAUGUCAGCGUUCCUCCUGUGGGAUCGUGCUAGAGUUCCUCCUCGCCUGGUGCCGGUCACUGAAGAUCAUGACAGAAUGAACACUAUCCUGAAGCAGUCAGGACUGGACUAUGUAGCCGUAAUGCCUCCACAUAUUGCUGGUGAUAAGCCUCUGACAGAAAAAUACACCGUGACUGAGAACAUGUUACAAGGAAGAGUCAUCUCCAAAUAUGACCUGGGCCAUUUCUUUGUCAAGUGCCUUUCCACUUCUGAAUGGGAUGGAAAGACAGUCGGAGUUAGUGGGGAAUAUAGUUAAUCUACUCAGGGCUUUGUUUAGGUGCUCGGAGUAAUUUCUCUUUAGUAGUACUAAAAGCUCUCAGUACAGAGAGGGGGAGCUGGACAUCAUUUGGCUCUGCAGUAAGCAAUAUAUUUUAACAGAGAAAGUUUUUAUGAUUCUGAUUGUGUUUUUUUUUUUCACGAACACAUGCUGCCUAGCAAUAAUUGUACUUUUAGUUAAUCAUCACUUAGAAAUAUAUUUAAAUGUUAUUUUGUACUUACUGAAAAACAGAUGGUUGCGUGGAAAAAUUCCUCUCUGUUUUUGUUUUGCCUUAUAAAACAUUAUUGUAAUUUGCCUAAUAAUAUAGUUUUAUUUUAUGUUUUUAAAAUAAAGAUGUUCCUGCUU